AGAGAGAGAGAGAGAGAGAGAGAGAGAGAGAGUUCACUGAGGAGGAAAUCUUUUUUGUCUCUCUUUCUGUUAUUUGUUUGAUGUUUUGGACUCUUGAACAGAGAAAUGAGAGUGAAGAUCAGCAGCCACUGAGACGACUGACAGACAUGGACAAACAGAAAGUGCUGGCCAAGCUGAUCUGGGACCUGCCGUCCUUCCUGUCUGUUCUGGACUCAGAGAAACUGAGUUACACCGCUCAGACUCAGAAGAAAGACAUCUCAGAGCUGCUGUCUAAACUGCAAACAAACGACACUCGGGUGGAAGACACAGAGUACAUGAUCAUGAGCUGUCCAUCAUCGUCAGACACACCUGGGACAGAAGGCGUCUGGUGCUCUGAGUUGGUCUUAAAUCAGGACAUACCUGUGUGGCUGACAAGCGGGGGCCCCGUGGUGCCGCCCCUCCCUCCAGGAGGUCCGGGAGGUGAUGAUGAUGAAGAUACCUACGAAGAGGCAGAACCUUACCUACCUGACACAACUACAUCUAACACUGAGAAGGCAGAGUCAGACACCAGUCACUACGAGUCGUACGGGGAGGAAGAUGAUGAUGAGCCUGUGAAGGACCGAGCUAACUACAUCCAACUGAGCGCCUCCCAGCCCUGCCUAAGACCCGUCCCAGAGUCCCGCCUCUGUGGUUACCUGUGGAAGAGAAAAUGGCUUGGACAGUGGACCAAACAGCUGUUCAUCAUCAGGAGCGACGUGCUGCUGUGUUAUAAGUGUGCCCAGGACCUGCUGCCUCAGCUGGAGUUGAACCUGCGUGGCUGUCAGCUCUUCUACAAAUCAAAGAGCAACAGGAAGAUCCAGCACCAGCUCAAACUGGUGCUCCUGGGAUCAGAGUCACUGGUGCUGGGCUACAGCAGCUUCCAGCAGGCCGACGAGUGGAGGAAGGUGAUAGAGGAGGUGAGUGUUGGGGGUGAAGGAGACACUCAGAGCUUGUUGUCUCUAAUCAGAUCAGACCAGCCGCUGUCCUGCAGGUCCAGUACAGUCCAGACUGACUCUGAGGAGGAGAAACCUUCAGCUGGCUUCAGCUUCAACACAGACAAAGGUUUCCUGAGCGUGCUGAUGAACUGUCAGUGGCAGAGUUUACUGUGUCAGGUGGAGGCGGGUCUACUCAACAUGUUUGGAGAGGAGGAGGAGGAGGAGGAAGAGGAGGUGAAGAGGUUGCCUCAGUACACCGUCCAGCUCAGAGGCUGUGAGGUCAGAGCCGGGCCCGACACCGACCACUCCUACAGGAUCACACUGAGCAUGCUGGGUGACCAGGUGGCUGUGCUGGAGGUGAGUAGUUCAGGUGAAAAGGAGCGAUGGCUAAAGCUGCUGCAGGACGGAGCUGCCAACACUCAGGAGAACACAGGUGGAGCUCUAAGUGGUCUACAGACUCGAAGGUUUCCCAACUCCAACACCUACAUGGACGACCCCUUCCAUCUGAGUGGAACAUGUCGAGACCAGCCCAUCUAUUCCAACACCUCCAUACUGGAGCACAUGCUCCACAGCUCUCAGGAUUCAGUUCGCUGCAGCUCGAUGUCAUCCAAAGACUCUGUGACCUACAGCAACACCAUCUUCACCAGCCACAACAGGAAGUCGUUGGAAGUGGAGAGAGGUGUUCAGAAGCUGGAGCUGACAGGCAAGAGGACGGUGCAGCUGAGAGCAGGGUCAGAGAUCAACCUGGUGUCUGCCGGCAACCAAAACAAACGCACCUCAUUUAGACAGUCGCUGGCCAUCUGCAGUGAGCGUGCUCAGGCGGGUUUUCUGAACCCUCUGCUGCGACGGACGGCCUCGGCUAAAAACUCUCUGAGACGAGCUCCUUCAGCACUGUUCAUCGAACACGGAAAGGUUUUCCAGAGGAGGAAGGAGUGGGAAACCAAAGCUGCUGCUUGACAGCAACCCUCCUUCAAUCAUCCUCAUCAUCAUCAUCACAUCUACAAACUACAGCCCUUUAAACUGUUGUUAUUUCUAACUAAAUAUCUGUGUCGACCCUUUCUGGCUGCUCGAGACAUAAAGCUUAACAUGUACAGUCGAACAUAACACUGAUCCAACUUCUCAUUACAGUCUACAUCACAUAUUAAGUUAUUACAUUAUGUUGGAUUAGUACCAAUCAAUGAACUCAUAACACCAAACAGGCCAUCAAAGUCAAGAGAGGUACAACUGUAGCAACACUUAUUGUAUAAAGAACAACUUUAUACACGUUUCGGCUCGUGGCCUUCAUCAGGGUCAUCAUUAAACACAUUACAAAGAAAAGGUCAAUGGUAGGUAUGGAACAGAGGGAACAAGUGUGUGCACAUCCAGGCAAAGACAGAAAAUAGUUACCUGCACACAGUUAGGCUCCAAAUAGAUAGUUCUCUUUCUUACUCCUUUGAAGGCAACAUUUUGACAGGAUGUUCCUGCAUUUCUUGUAGAGGCAGUAAUCCACUCAAAUAAAAAAAUGUGUAUAUAUUAAAAUGUGCAGUUAUCAAUACAUUUACAGACAAAUGCCACAGAAGCUAAAAUACAGACGUGAACAGGCCGGUAACAAGGCUUAUAGGCAAGGUCUCUGUUGUACACAUAGUUCACGUGGGAGACAGAAAAAUAUACAUACACCGUAAUGAUAGACCUGGCAGAGGGGGUAUCUUCUUACACUUCAACAAGUCAAUCUAAUAGAGAAAACAUUGUGAGAGAAUAUAGAGAGAAAAAAUACAUAUACUGUGUAUAGAGAGAGAAUAUUAUCUAUGGCUUUUAAAAAUAUAUAUAUAUAUUUAUAUAUAUAGAGAGAGAGAGACACCCAAUCAUAUACAUCCACCCACAUAUCAACCUUUUGUUUUGCUGUAUACCUACCCUUAUUUAAAUGUUGUAAUGUAUUUUAUGAUGUCCCUGAUGAAGUUUUGUGUGUCAUCAUUUUAAAGAUUAAUUAACUCUUUCUAAAAUCAUGUGACAAAAUGUUUGUUAUCUAAACGUUCGCGAGCAGCAACAAAGUUAUGACUGGGCAGACUGUAUGCACCGACCGCACGUCCAACAAGCGUGUGGACAUACACGUAUAUGCAAACACCUGAUUAAGUCUCAACUGCUGUUUUGGGGUAUUUCCGAAGUGAUGUUGGUGCUUUCAUAAACUAAACACUCACACUAUACUUUCUCAUUAACAUUUGUUUUAACCACUAAUCUGAAUUAAUUUAGGUCCAAUUAAAGGCUUUUAUAUUUCAGUAAACAAUAUUUCUUUCUUGUGCACUUCCUGUUGUUCUUGGAGCUUUGAAGCAGCUGGAGCAGACACUUCUUUCUGUAAACUCAGAGACAGCUGGAGUCUGGAGUCUUUCACAUGUGUUUUGUCCUGUGUGGUGACGUUUGUAAAAUUGUGAUGGAAAUCCUCUAUGUGUAAAACUCUUCUCUCUGUUCAGUUUGAUGAUUUAUUUUUGUCAAUUUCAGGUCGCACAUUUGUUUGAAUUAUUCGUUUUUUCUUUAAUUCCACAUGACCUCUUUGAUGUAAUUGUGAGUUAUAACCAGUAGUGGAGGAUUCAGAUUUAAGGAUGUACUAAUUGUACCUCCUUUAUAUCCUGUCUGGUAGUUUAAUGUACACAAUGCAUCAUAUUCUAUAAGAUCAUCAUGUUUGUAUCUUUGUC